CCCCUCCCCCUGCUCUCGUUCCAGCUGCGAGAUUUCCUGCUCGUCUACAACAAGAUGACUGAGCUCUGCUUCCUGCGCUGCAUCUCCAACCUGAACUACCGGGCACUCACCAGGGAGGAGGAGGCCUGUCUAGAUGGCUGCGCUGGGAAGCUUGUCCACUCCAACCACCGCCUGAUGGGUGCCUACGUGCAGCUCAUGCCCUCCAUUGUGCAGCGCCGCAUCUCAGACUACGAGGCUUCUGCAGCUCAGGUGGCCCCGGGCUCUAGUCCAGAGGAGGUCCUUGGUGCUGCCCCUGCGGCCCUGCCCGCAGCAGUUGGCACGGGAGCCCACCCUAACCAGCAGGUGGCUGCCAGUGCAGAGAGCACCCCAGACCCUGUCAGCUAGUGCCCCACUGCCUCCUGGCGUUUCCUCGUCCCCCAUGGCUGCGCCCUGGACUUGGGCCUGGGUGUGGGACAGCCUCCCCCUGGGCUGGGCCUCCUCCUACCGCUGGAUCCAGCCAGAUGGACACUUCCGCCCUCUUCACGCGGGACUGGGCCGAUUAGUGCCAGCAUCACUGCCCUAGAUGCCACUGCCAGCUGCAGCCCGGGCCUCCGGGCAGCGCAACCACGCGAGUUCCAGCCGUGUUUGGGCCAAGCCAGCCUGCCUCUCGGCCUCUGAGCAGCUGCUUGAGUCCAUUGCGACCAGGCCGUCUGGAGCAGCCUGAGGGUGCCCUGCUGAGGGCUUGUUAGUCACAGCAGCUGCUCUGUGCUAGGCUCUUGUGCCCCAGGGCAGGGUUUUCUCUCUGUCCUGGAAGGCUAUUUCCUAUUAGCAGUAAAUCAGUGUCCUCUUGA